AUGGAUACAUCAGCCUUUGCAUCGCGUGUUCGAUCUGAAGAUGUAAUCGAUUUCUUCACUGAUGUUGGAAACCACACUUACUUCCUUCCUGUUGGGGAAGGAAAUGAUCAAAACAUGAACAGACUACGUGAUAUAGAUAGCAAGGUAAUCAAAGGGCACAUCAUCCCAAGAAAGGUACUUUUCACCCGAACCAUGGGGUCAGAACCUUACCGAGCGUAUGCUUACGAUCCAGCAGAGCUAAGAGUUGAACUGUCUUUGGUUAAUCAGACUGAUAGUCUGGGCAAUGGCUACGUGUUGUACGCCCAAAGCAAUACUCUCCAGAGUGACCAGCGACACCGCAAAGGAGUGGUCCUGUCCAAGAUCGUCCGACCUAACAUUCCUGUCAAAAAUGGCGUUGUGCAUCUUAUCGAAGCUCCGUUGAUGAUUAUCAAUAUCACUAUAUGGGACUUUAUUAAAAAAGAGAAGGAGGGGAGGUUAUCUGAAUUCCUAGAAUUGGUCAACAGUACUCCAGAGUUUCGCCACGAGCUGUUCAAUGCUCAGGAAAAGACAGUUUUUGUGCCAACAAAUAAAGCUAUUCAACGAUUGGAGAAAGUUGAGUCCCUGAAAGGAAAUAUCACUGCAAUCACAAAUUUGCUACGAUUACACAUGGUGAUGCAGUCUGUGUCAAGUGAUGACGUAAGAAGUGGAAGAAUCAAAGAGCACCUGGCGGCAGACAACCGUCGUAGUCUGUACUUCCGUGUCGUCGGGGAAGACAGAAACAGAACCCUGACAGUAGAGGGAGGAGGUGUUAACGCAACUGCCGUUCAAGCAGACAUUGGCGCCACCAACGGCAUUGUCCAUAUAAUCGAUCGAGUACUAGGCAUGCCCUAUCAGACUCUGAACGAGAAACUGGCAACUGAUCCUGAUCUGAAAGAAACCUACAAGCUGAGUCUGAUGAAUAAUUGGAACGAGAAGUUAAUGAAUAAUAGGAACAACUUCACGUUUUUUGUGCCCAGCGAGGGGGCGUGGGAGCGGUUGAAAACGGAUCACUUGUCUGAACACAAGAAGAUGCAUAUGGAAAUGUACGGCAAUCAAGUGAACAAGAUAUUGGACCGCCAUCUUGUGAUAGGACAGGAGCUCUCAUCUCAGGAUCUAGAGAGACGUAACGUUGUUGAAACGGUUUACGGUGUCUUCAAGAUCGAAAGAGGAUAUGGUUAUGGAGAACUCUCUGUCGAAUGGGAAAAUAUUAGAGCUACAAUUGUUCGCCCAGAUGUUCAAGCAACUAACGGCAUCAUCCAUGUCAUCGACCGUAUUAUGAUGAAACCUCGAGAUCUCUCGAGGACAGGGGGCGCUGCAACCUUGUCAGUUUCUGUAGCUACAGUUUUGGUUAGCUUGGCGCUUUUGCGUGGAAUGUAGGCUACUCUAAUCUCGGUUCCCCCCUCUUUCCAAACAAAACGAUAACGUCACUGAGAUCUCAUUUGACAACAUUCUGGUUCUAGGAUAUUUGUCUGUUCUUUUCGGACGUUUGAACAUUCGAGUAACUUGCUUUUAGAACUCAACAUAUCGUCCGAAGCCAGCCAAAUAAUCCCAAAACCCAAUGUUAAUAAUUGUACGAACAGAAAGUAGCUUCCUGUGGACUUGAAAGAAAAAAAUGGGAUUUUAAGGAUAGUUUGUUUUUUGUUGUUGUUUUUUUUUCGCAAUGAUGUGAGGGGUAAAUUUCAAUGAUGUCAGCAGAUUCUGCUGUGUCAUAAAGAUUUGAUUUUGGAGUAAAAUGUGCAUCUUUAUAUUUCUUAAACAAAGAAACUGUAAUUUGAUGAUCACCAUAUAAUUAUAAUGUAAUUAAACGUUAUGAGGGAAUUGCAAAUUACCAAAACUUAUUACUCAAUCUUUUUUUCCAUUUAUAAACUUACCUCAUAAUAUCUAAGGUUUCUAUAAUGUAAUAUCUGUAAAAGGAAUAUAUAGAAACAAGUUUGCUCAUGAUGCACAGUUAUAUGACUCUUAUUAUCAGGUAUAUAAUAUUUACUUAAGGUAGCGUAUAUCCUUUACAUAAUGUUAUCUAGGUUUUGGGCUUUUUAUCAGAAAAAACUACAACGCCUUCGUACUAUGUUUUUUGUAUGUAAAUAUAUUGAAAUAGGUACAAAGACAUAUUCUGGCACGUGCUGUGUAACUGUGGCUAAUUUACAUAUUAUAAAAAAAUAAAGAAAUACAAAAGAAAUGUCUUAUGUUUCUGAUACCUUCUAUAAACAUGACCGAAUGCUCCCGAAAAUGGGUCCAGACUUUGAUGGAUGUGUAGAAUUAGUCUGAACUAAGGAAAACUCUGAAAAUUAAUUCUAGGUCAAAUUAUGGCACUAAUAAGUAGGACAUAUGAUUCAGUGACUCUUUAAUGGUCAUCCAAUAAAAACAAACUUAUUAUCAACUUUACCUUAGUACACACUAUAGAUACAAUAAUAAUAUAUAUUUAUGUCAAUUGCGAAGUCUAUAGCAUCAAUAGAUCUAAAGGUAUGGGUUAAUAACUACCAUGAGAAUUUCAAUUUUCAGGUUUUGAGAAAAAAUGCGUUUAAAGGGGAAAAACCCUCUACUUUUCAAGGGUUUUUAGUUCAGCUAAUACUGGACAUUGAAAGUAAUGGCUUUGAGGAUUUAAAAUAUGCAAAAUAUAAAUAACAUAAAUCAUGAUAUUUUUUGACAUUGAAAGGGUAUAUGCUGCCUUAAGUUUUUUUGCAAAUGUGUGGUCUUCCUUUCACUUCUAAGUUUUACUCAAUUCAAGUUUUUGUUCCUAAUAAUGUUGUGCUUUAGUACCUCUAAGUGUUUUUUGUGUGAAAAUCUGUAAAUUUUUAUGAAUUGGUCUACGUAUUCGUACUGCUUACCAGUGAUAUUGUAGAUUUCUUAAGUGUUUCGUGUUUUCAGUAUGAAACGUACUCUUUUUAAUGUAUUAGUCAGUGUGAGUAAAAUUAUAUUUAUAAUAUUUUACCAACUUUCGGACUCACACGCUAAAAUCCAGGUUCAAUUCCCCGCGGUG